AUGAGGUCAGAUUUCCCUUCAGGUUGGAGACGCCUCAACGUGGGAGUCGUCGGAGGUGGCAUCGGUGGCAUGUCUGUUGCCAUUGCUCUUCGUCGCGCCGGCCAUGAGGUCACAAUCUAUGAAAAGCACGAUUUUGCCGGCGAAGUAGGCGCUUCAGUCUCAUGCGCUGCAAAUGGCACGCGAUGGCUUCACGAAUGGGGCGUUGAUAUAGCAAAGGGGGAUCCUGUCGUGCUCAAGAAGUUGAUCAACCGCGACUGGAAGACGGGCGAGCCGGUCAGUGUCUAUGACUUGGACGAUUAUGAACAGAGGUGGGGGUAUGUCUACAAUAUGUUUCACCGACAGCACAUGCAUGCCAUGUUGAAGGAUUCUGCGCUGGGAGAAGAGGGGGAGGGGACGCCAGCGAAGAUGGAAGUGAAUCACCAAUGUCAAGAGAUUGACGUUAGUGCUGGAAAGAUCACAUUUACGAAUGGUGUUGUUGCCCAGCACGACCUCAUCAUUGGCGCAGACGGCAUCGGUUCAGUUGUUCGCAGCGAGAUUGGCAUACAUCCAGCAAAACGGCCAUCCGAGCAAAGCUGCCUUCACGCAAACGUUACCACAGAAGAAGCCGUCAAGCUAGGUCUGAUGGAUUACUCGCAACACAGCGCGCUUGAGUAUUGGGGAGGCCAAGAGGGCAAGUGGGACAAGAUUGUUCUGUCGCCAUGCAACGGAGGCAAGCUGUUGUCAUACUACUGCUUCUUCCCUCGCUCAGUGGGCGAUUACUCUACACAUACAUGGGGACAUGAAAAUAGACCGGUGGAAGAGUUACUGGCGCCAUAUCCAAACCUAGACUCGCAAGUCUUGUCACACUUGAAGAUUGGAAAAGAGAUUCAGCCAUGGCGGCUAUGGGUACAUGACCCUUAUCCUUAUAUUCACAAGAACAAUGUCUGUUUGUUAGGCGAUGCAGGACACCCGAUGAUGCCCCAUCAAAGCCAAGGCGCGUGCAUGGCAAUAGAAGAUGCCGCUGCGCUUGGCAUCCUCUUUAGCGAAAAUUAUUUCAGCGGAGACGUCCAAGAGGCCUUGGCUGUCUACGAUGCCGUUCGACUGCCAAGGGUGACAAGAGUGCAGUCCGCAGCGGCAAAAGCUGCCUACAACAUUAAUGAGCGAAUUGGCUUUUCACAGAACAAAAACAUCUCCACAUACAAAGUAGAGGAUGAGAAGAAGAAGCUUACCAUUGAAGAAAUGAAUGCGUAUGACAUGUACAAAGAUAUUGAGCAGGCACUUGCAGAGAAGCGAGGAGCCGUAUUUCGGGAAAAGUUCAUUCACGGACUGCCGGUUGGAUUGGAGCUCCCAAGCGGAAUAAUUAUUGGACAGGAGGCGUAA